AUGGGCCAUCUCAGCCCUUCCUCCCUGCUCCUGGCGUUGGCGGCCACCGUCUCGGCCCACGGCCACGUGAACUGGCUCGUUGCAGAUGGCGUCGCCUACCGCGGCUGGGAUUCGCCCGCCUUCACCUACUCACCCCCCGCGGGCCCCGUCGUCGGCUGGAAGAUCGACCAACCCGACAACGGGUUCGUCGAGCCCGCCAACUUCGGCACGAACGACAUCAUCUGCCACAAGAACGGCGUCCCCGCCGGCGGCCACGCCACCGUCCCCGCCGGGACCAAGAUCCAGCUCGUCUGGGACACCUGGCCCGACUCGCACAAGGGCCCCGUCAUCGACUACCUCGCCAAGUGCAGCGGCGACUGCGAGACGGUCGACAAGACGUCGCUCAACUUCUUCAAGAUCGGCGCUGGCGGCCUCAUCGACAUGUCGCUGCCGAGCGGCAACUGGGCCGCCGACAGGCUCAUCGCCAACGGCUUCACCUGGACCGUCCAGAUCCCGCCCACCCUCGCCCCGGGCAACUACGUGCUCCGCCACGAGAUCCUCGCGCUACACUCGGGCGGGAACCCCAACGGCGCCCAGGCGUACCCCCAGUGCUUCAACAUCAAGGUCACGGGCGGUGGCUCCCUCGCCCCGGCCGGCGUCAAGGGCACGGCGCUGUACAAGGCCGACGGCCCGGGCGUCCUCUUCAACCUGUACACGAGCCCCCUCGUCUACCAGAUGCCAGGCCCGACGCUGGUCGCGGGGCUCCCGUCGACCGUGGCGCAGAGCACCGCCCGGCCCACCGCGACGUCGAGCGCCACGCCGCCCGGGGCCACCGGGGGCAGCGGCGGGGGCAGUCCGUCGACGACCCUGCGGACGACUACGGUGCCGGUCCCGGCGACCACCACCAGGGCCGCAACGGUGUCGACGACGACGUCUGCGGGCGGCGGCGGCGGCGGAACCGUGCCCAAGUUCGGCCAGUGCGGCGGCCAGGGGUGGACCGGCUUGACGACCUGCGCCGCGGGAUCGACCUGCCAAGCUCUGAACCCCUUCUACUCUCAGUGCGUCUAG